UAGGAAGCGAAAAACAUAGUGGGAUAUUUACGUAUUAGUGGUUUAAUAAUUGACUGCAAUGAGGGGUUUGGGAAGAUUCAUACUUGUCGCCGUCGGAGGAGAAGGGCUUUUCAGCAGAUCUACAAAUACGUACAACUUGGCGGCUGCUGCUGGGAGUAUAUCAACAAGGAGAAUAAACAGCAGCAGCUAUUUUUAUGCUUAUUCUAAAGCUAGAGCGAAAGCUUUCCAAAGAAGCUCUCCUUUGUUCCCUUUUUCGUAUUUGUCUCAAUUUGGAGGAUAUAUUCAAAGUACACGCCACCAUACUCAAACUGCGGCAAGACCAGGGUUUACGGAUAAUGGCAAGGCUUUGGAGAAAGGAGACAUCAUCAAUUUGAAUGACCUUCUCUUCACCCCUACUAGGAAUUACCUUGUCAAAAAUAACAACCAACAUGUUAAAGCUGAGGAGUUGAAAGGCAAAGUUGUUAUUUUGUAUUUUGUGCCACUAUCUGGUCACUCUAUCCCAUACAACAACAAGGACGUGUUCUCUUCGGAGUUGAAAGACGUCUACAAUGAUCUACUGCCACUCAAUAAUUUUGAGGUGGUUUUGGUUGUCAUGGAUGAUCAUUGUGAAGGACAAAUACCAGUUUCUUCUACAACAGACCCUCAAGAGGAAUUCGAAGAUUUGUUUUCUUCCAUGCCAUGGACCGCCGUUCCCUUUUCAGAUGCAGGAUCUAGGAAACGUAUUGAAAAGUGCCUUUUCAAGCGUGAAGAAUGUGCUCCACCUGUCAUGUUCGUCAUUGACUCAACAGGGAUGGUUUUGCAAACUUGUCGUGUCUGGCAUAUUUUACAGGAUUUUGGAGCCUUAGGCUUUCCUUUUAGCGAUGAGCGAAUAAAUUUUCUGCUGGCCGAAGAUGACGCAGCUGCUAAAAAUCCCUCCUUAGACACUCUGUUGGCCUCCCCCCAACGUAGUUAUGUCAUUUCAAACCAAGGAGAUAAGGUACCAAUUGACACUAUGAAACACAAGGUUGUUGCCCUUUAUUUUUACUAUGUUGAUAUGCCUGACCAUUAUUUAACAAGCGAACUUCAGUGUGUGUGUGAUGUGUUGGCAAAGCUGAAGAAAGGAUUUGAAGUUGUGGUUAUUUUCAUUAGAAACUUUCAUGUAGAUGAUUGGGAAAAAUCUUGUCUGGAAAUAUUUAAGAGUAUGCCUUGGUUGGCACUGCCAUUUAGAGAUGAGAGUUGUAAGAGAUUAAAGCGGAUUUUCAAGUUAUCAUAUAAUGGUCAAACCGUUUCUCAUCAACUUGUGAUUGUCGGGCCUAACGCGGAAUUUGUGGAACCAUUUGGUGCUAGUUUGCUGUUGCACUGUAAUAUUUCAGCGUAUCCAUUCUCCCGUGAGAAACUUGUUGAGUUGGAGACUAACAAAGUGAAGGGACUGAAGCUGGAUAUGUUAUGUCAUCCAAACACUGUCUUGAGAAGCAUUGAUGGGUACAGGCAAGUUUCUUUUAAAGAACUUUUUGGGAAGAGAAUCAUGCUUGUUCUUGAAUGGUCUGAUAUUGAAAAUUAUAUUUAUGGAGACGAUUCUGCAUUCACCAGAUUCGCACCGAUGCUUAAAGGAAGGUAUGCCCAAACAUGGGGUUCUAAUGAUGAGUUUGAAGUGAUCCGCAUCAUCAUUGACAGUAAAUCUGGCACUGUUGAACAGCUUGACCUUGAUAAUUCAGAAUGUUUGCUAUCACUUAAGAGGCAACAUGCAGAUAUGGAUUGGUUUGUAAUGCUUGCAAGCGACUUGAAACUUAAUUUAAGCUCCUCCCAUUAUUGGUAUGACAAGUCUCCUAGUUACUUCCAGUCUUGUUUUCAAAUCUUUGCCUUCGAUGGAAAUGGAAGACUUGUGAGAAAAACAAUGUAUCCUACCUUUGAGAAUAUGGAAUUCCCCUUCUAUGCUGGCAGUUUAGAAGAGGAGACAUUGGCUCAGUUGAGCACAGCAUUCCUCAACUACUGACCCAAAUUCACGUAAUAGGGUGGAACUACCCAUAGUUAAUUUCCCUGUUUAAGAAUUCAAUCAAUGUCUGUUUAAUAAUGUAAGACUAAUAGAUUCCACAUUUGUAGA